GGGCGCUGGGCGCAGGAGGGAGUCGCGGCCGGGAGUUCCGCCGAGGGGAGCCGAGCGGAGUGGGGGGACGCCGCGGCGACGGCGGCGGCGGCGGCGCUGACCAUGAGUUUUCUUGGAGGUUUCUUUGGUCCCAUUUGUGAGAUUGAUGUUGUCCUUAAUGAUGGGGAAACCAGGAAAAUGGCAGAAAUGAAAACUGAAGAUGGAAAAGUGGAAAAACACUAUCUUUUUUAUGAUGGGGAAUCUGUUUCAGGAAAGGUAAACCUAGCCUUUAAGCAACCUGGAAAGAGGCUAGAGCACCAAGGAAUUAGAAUUGAAUUUGUAGGUCAAAUUGAGCUUUUCAAUGACAAGAGUAAUACUCAUGAAUUUGUAAACUUAGUAAAAGAGCUAGCCUUACCAGGAGAGCUGACUCAGAGCAGAAGUUAUGAUUUUGAAUUUAUGCAAGUUGAAAAGCCAUAUGAAUCCUACAUCGGCGCUAAUGUCCGUUUGAGGUAUUUUCUUAAAGUGACAAUAGUAAGAAGACUGACAGACUUGGUAAAAGAAUAUGAUCUUAUUGUUCACCAGCUUGCCACCUAUCCUGAUGUUAACAACUCUAUUAAGAUGGAAGUGGGCAUUGAAGACUGUCUACACAUAGAAUUUGAAUAUAAUAAAUCAAAGUAUCAUUUAAAGGAUGUGAUUGUUGGAAAAAUUUACUUCUUAUUAGUAAGAAUAAAGAUUCAACAUAUGGAACUACAACUGAUCAAAAAAGAGAUCACAGGAAUUGGACCCAGUACUACAACAGAAACAGAAACAAUUGCUAAAUAUGAAAUAAUGGAUGGUGCACCAGUAAAAGGUGAAUCAAUUCCAAUAAGACUAUUUUUAGCAGGAUAUGACCCAACUCCAACAAUGAGAGAUGUGAACAAAAAAUUUUCAGUAAGGUACUUUUUGAAUCUAGUCCUUGUUGAUGAGGAAGACAGAAGGUACUUCAAACAGCAGGAGAUCAUUUUAUGGAGAAAAGCUCCUGAAAAACUGAGGAAACAGAGAACAAACUUUCACCAGCGAUUUGAAUCACCAGAAUCACAGGCAUCUGCAGAACAGCCUGAAAUGUGAACUGAAUAGAAGAAAUAAAGACAAAAACUCCUAUAUUCAUUAAAUUUGGCAGGCUAAAAGGUGGUUGCAGCAUGUGGAGCGGGGAAAGGCCAAAACCAAUUUAAGUCUUCCUUUAUCUUACAGUGCUGCAUUUAUGAUAUAACUAAAUGUUCCUCAUGUAUAUAUUUAAAAAAAAAAGUGCUUUCUUUGAAACAUUGGACCUCUUAGGCUCCAGGGGUUUUUUGGGUUUUUUUUUUUCUGGUUGUUGUUUUUUUACUACACACUUCGAUUGAUGAUAAGCACUCUGUUACACAUCAGCAUAAGAAAGAUUUUCAAGUGAGUAGGCUAUUUGUAAUUUUGCUUUCUUUCUGCAUAAUAUUGAUUGUAAAUUCUUUUCCCCUUCAUGCUAAUAAUUAUCUCUUAUUCUUCAUGCAAAAAAAUAAAAUAUUUCGUUCAAAUAAAAUGAGAAGACCAGAGUAACGCUAAAUGUCUUGCAAAGAUUUUAAAACAUGACACCUCAAUAUUUUUGAGAACUGUUUUUACAAAUGUGUUUGAGAAAUGCAUAUGGAGUGUUUUACUGUAGGUGCUUCUGCCAUUCCCUGAUUUCCUGAAUUUCCCCUUUUUUGAAGUUCUCUGUGGUGUAUUACAUAAGUUCCCCAAGGGGUUAUGUGACAUGUCGUUCCCCCUCCCAUUUUAAGUGAUCAUUUUGCUACUACUAUUCAGUAUAUUAUCCAUUUAUGUGGAGCUGUCUAUUAGCAUUUUAGAAUUUGUUUAAAAAUACAAUUUUUCUAUAUAUAAUUUUUUUUAUUCUAAGGAAUCUUUUUAGCUACAUGUAUACACAUAUGAUUUUCUUUACAAAUAUUCUCCUCCCUUCAAGGGAAAGUUUGGAGAUGAAAGACUCAGGAGGACCCCAUGUUGUUAUCCAGAUCUGAACAAUUUCACAUUUGUUAACCUGGAACUUUGCCCAGUUUAAACUAAUUUAAACCCAGCCUACUCUGUUUUGCUAUUUUUUUUAAAAACACUGAAUUCAAGUCAUUUCUUCAGAGUCUCUAAAAAGGCUGCGCUCAGUCUGUUCAUAUGCAUGGGAUCUGAUAUCAAAUACACUAACCGUGGGGUGUAGGAACUAAAAGCCUGCUGUGUGAAGCUACUUAUGGUUCACUGGUUUUUGUACCAAUGUUUUUUUAUACACUUCAGUGCAAGUCUUGUCAGUUAACCUUACUUUCUGAGUUAGCUGAGUAACUCAAUAUUACAUUUCUUUAAAUCUGUUUUACUACUUUGGCACUUUGAUAAAAUGGUCAGUACCAACAUCUUUUCUGGCAAAAGGUUCCAUAUAUUAUGUGCUGGAGCAUCUACUUUAAAUGUGGAUAUCUGAAUGAUAAUUUUUUUCUUCAUGUAAGUGCCUGUUCAGAGUUUCAAAAUUUAAAAAUGCCAAAUAUUUUCAUGAUCACUUGCAUGUAAUAAUCUAGAAGAGACUAAGAAAUUUUGAAAACCAGUUGUAUUUAACCAGCCUCCAAUUGUGCAACCAUAAUGUAUAAUAAACAAUUUGAAUCCGA